UUCGACCCUGAGAAGAUGCGCGCGCUACCGCCGGCCUUCUCGCCCAACGGCUCUGUGACAGCAGGCAAUGCGUCGGUGCUGAGUGACGGUGCUGCAGCGCUCGUGCUCACCUCCGCUUCCUAUGCGCACCAACACGGCCUGCCCGUGCUCGCCCGCGUGCUCGGCUUUGCUGAUGCCGAGCAGGCACCGGAGCGGUACCCCACAACAGUGUCGCUGGCCAUCCCCAAGGCGGUGCAGGCAGCAGGGCUGACCCUCGAGUGCAUCGACCUCUUUGAGAUCAACGAGGCCUUUGCUGCCAUCACAAUAGCCAACGAGCGGCUGCUCGGGCUAACCCCAGACCAGGUGAACCUGCACGGGGGAGCAGUCGCCCUAGGCCACCCCAUAGGCGCAUCAGGGGCACGGGUGCUCAUGUCGCUGCUCUCCUGCCUGGCUGCCACGGGGCUCAAGCGUGGCGUGGCAGCGGUGUGCAACGGGGGUGGCGGCGCGACCGCAGUGGUGGUGGAGCGAGAAGAGGGGUUCCGGCUGGAGGGGCACGGGCCGGGGCACUGGCAGCAGCAGGAGAUGCAGGCCAAGGAGCGCAGCGCCGCGCGCUGA